AUGUCAAACUCAAUGCAACAAGCAACAGCGUUUGUGAAACAGUUAGCAGGACUCGGACCACAGGACAAGGAGGGCACGGAAGAGCCUGCAGCAACACCGCAAGGAGCAAUUGAUGAGGUCCCAGAAUUGAAUCCACCCAAGAAGACCAAGAAAGUGACAGCGCCAAAGGAGGCGGCCCGGAAGAUCGCGACCAGGUUGGCAUCAAAAGUUCCAGAAGAUCCACCGCAGCCAAAGAAAGCCCAACCAAUCGCACAGGACGGAUGGGAAGGGCUCCUGAUGGAUGUAGGCCAACGAAUAAGCAAUGGAGCUCACAAUCCAGAGGAACGGACAGAAGCUACGUCAAACGAUUGCGCCCAAAACAAGCAGGGAUGGCCGGGAUCAGAGUCAAACCCAGUCUUAGCAGAUGAGGGACCAACACCGAGCGGAACCCAUGAAGCGGAGCCAGCUCAAGGAGCACUACCAGCCUGGAAGGUCCAGGAAACGCUGGUCAGGAUGGCGGAGAAGGCAAUGAAAGCCAAAGAGAACGGAGACAUGGCGCUGGCAAACCGCCUUUACAACAUCAGAGCGAGUCUAGGACAAGCAGUACCAAGAGCAAGCCCGGCAGCAGCAGCUCCAACCUUAAGGAGAACGGUGCAGGCACCCUUAACGAUUGAGGGGCUACAAGUCCCCGUCCCCAUCACGAGUAGCACCCAGGUAACCAAUGGGAUUGAAGAGCUACUACCGACAAGCAAUGCGGUGCCCAACGGAAUUUCUCAUAAACGAGUCAAAAUGGUCGACAUUGCAUCAUCAAUAACUAGAGCAUCUGCUGCUGCCGCGAAGAAGUCGAAAGGGUCUAACAAAGAUAGAGUAGAGGAUACAGGUGAGGCUCAAGGAUUAGCGGCUCCUAUAGACAGUGAAAUAGUCGUAGAAACCCAAGACGUAACCGAUCCGGGAAUUGCACCCGUUGAUAAAGACGCUGGGGAAGAGCUACUUUUUGAGGAAGCGGUAGAAUCCAUGAAAGUAGUUCCGAAUGUGGCAAACACUACCACCAAUCCGAAAUCCCUUUUAUUAGAACAAGCUCUAGCAGCUCAGUUGAGUGGUAACGCGGAUCUAGCGGACACGUUUUUGAAAGCUAUAGCAGUUCUCAACGGUGGUCCAGCUACUCAAAGCAUGAAGCCAGGACAACCUAGUCAAAAUGUUCCGAAUGAUCAAGGCGGGAAGAAACGCGCGAGAUCAGGUUAUAAAGGUUCUAAUUGGAUAGAAGGCUACGGCGAACAAAGGUUGAGUUCUAAUCCUCUCGCGAUUAACUCUGGUAGUGGAUCUGGUUCAAACAACUUAUUGAAUAAGUAG